AUGGCUGUCAGAUUGUGUUUAAAACGGUUAAUUAAUAGUAAUAAUAGACGAUGCAUGUCCUACUAUCCUAUAGACGAACAUAUAUUUGGUUUAAGCGAUGAACAACAACAGCUCCGAAAAAUGGUAUUUGACUUCGCGCAAAAAGAGUUAGCGCCAAAAGCAAGUGAAAUUGAUAGGGAAAACAAUUUCAAAGAGUUAAGAGACUUCUGGAAGAAACUUGGAAAUCUAGGUUUACUUGGAAUCACAGCAAAUCCUGAUUAUGGGGGGACUGGGGGUAAAUAUUCUGACCACUGUGUAAUUAUGGAGGAACUAUCGAGGGCAAGCGGUGGUAUCGCCUUAUCAUACGGAGCACAUUCAAAUCUUUGUGUUAAUCAAAUAAACAGAAAUGGAACACACGAACAGAAGAGCAAGUACUUGCCAAAAUUAUGUUCCGGUGAGUACAUGGGUGCUCUAGCAAUGUCAGAACCUGGUGCUGGUAGUGACGUGGUAUCCAUGAAGUUGCGAGCAGAGAAAAAAGGCGACUACUACAUUCUAAACGGCAGCAAAUUCUGGAUAACGAAUGGACCUGAUGCUGAUGUUUUAGUAGUAUAUGCUAAAACAGACGUAAAUACGAAGCCACAGCAUGGAAUAACUGCAUUUCUAAUCGAGAAGGAUUUCCCUGGAUUCUCGACAGCACAGAAGUUAGAUAAACUUGGCAUGCGAGGAUCGAAUACUGGCGAGCUGGUCUUCGAAGAUUGUAAGGUGCCAGCUGAAAAUAUUCUAGGCGAAUUGAACAAAGGUGUUUACGUACUCAUGUCAGGUCUGGACCUAGAGCGACUGGUAUUAGCUGGUGGGCCAGUAGGCUUGAUGCAGGCGGCUGUUGACACUGCCUUUCACUAUGCACACACAAGAAAGCAAUUUGGGAAAAAUAUUGGGGAGUUUCAGUUGCUACAGGGCAAAAUGGCAGAUAUGUAUACUACCUUGAGCGCGACUCGAUGCUAUCUCUACAACGUCGCGAAGGCCUGUGAUGAAGGUCACGUGAAUAGCAAAGACUGCGCAGGAGUCAUUCUUUAUAGUGCUGAAAAAGCGACACAAAUCGCUUUGGAUGCUAUACAAAUUUUAGGUGGUAAUGGUUAUAUUAACGACUACCCAACUGGCAGAAUACUGAGAGAUGCAAAAUUGUACGAAAUCGGCGCUGGCACAUCUGAAAUACGAAGAAUGCUUAUUGGUAGAGCUUUAAAUACUGAAUAUAAAUAA